UUUUAGAGGUGUGGUCUUGCGUACCGUAUGGUAGAAGUUUUUUGCUGGUAUGAAGUAAUAAGAAACACGCCUCUGUAUCACACAAGUAUAACUAUACAUGUAUGUGUUACACUUCCAUUGCACAACACACUCUUUAUUUUUUAUCCAUAUGGUUAAAAGAAAAUAUACCCCAUAAAGCUAACGUCAGAUUUCAGAUUGGAACUGCUCUUGUACAAUAGGAAAGGAAAAUGCAUAUCUAGGAGCUAUUUUGAAACCUUUUCAUUCUCUCUUUAUUGUGCUGGGGAAGCAAUAAAACAGCAUGGCUGAGUGGAAGAUGAUUACGACACUUGUGGCUAUGGUCUGCGCCUUCGUACCGAUGUCGUAUGCCUAUGAUGUCAUCGAUUUGACGACGAUUAGAGAAAUGGAAGCGAUGUUCACCGAUAAGCUUCCUAGAUUAGCAUGUUCUGAUCCCUCGUCGGACACAUGUGAAUACUUUAACCAAACAGGCAAGAUCCGUGAUCCUGACUUGGGCAAAUACUGGCUUGACCAUUGCGUGAACACAGCAUACGUGGAGGUUCGAUACACGAAUUGCCUAGCUGUCUGGAACUAUGAGACUAAUAUUACCAAAGAAAACACAGAAGAGAUGCAUCGCAUACAAGGCGUUAGUGGCGGCCUACAUGCGACUAUUUCUAGACAAACCAAAAUGUUGGAUCCGACUCAUCUAGAUGAGAGAAGUCAAAGAAUCAUCUCAUUCAUGAACCAAGGCACUUAUUUUUCAACAACUGAAGAUGCAUUUAAAGAACGUGAGGUCCAGGACAACAUGACAACUAUCUUCGCUACCGGAAAGGUUUGUCGGAAGAGAGAGCAUGCACAGAGGAAGAAACGAUCGGAGCAAUGCUUGAACAUGGAACCAGGCCUUCAACACCUGAUGAGCGAAUCACGUGACUAUGAUGAAUUGCUAUGGGCGUGGAAAGCAUGGCACGAUGCGGUGGGGCCGAAGAUAGGCAAACUCUACCCAACCUAUGUUUCACUGUUAAACGAAGCUUCGAUAAAUGGGGGUUAUGAAGAUCGUGGCGACUUACUCCGUCGUCGUUAUGAAGACCCACACUUCGUGGAGGAGAUCGACGACCUUUGGGAUGCAGUCAAACCGAUGUACCUCCAGAUCCAUGCCUUUGUGAGAAGAAAGCUGGGAGAGAAGUACGGGACGGACAAGGUUAACCCCACAGGACCUAUACCCGCUCAUCUCCUUGGUAACAUGUGGGCUCAGAAAUGGGGUCAAAUCUUCGAUUUAGUGACUCCCUACCCCGGCCACGGGACCGUAGAUGUCACUGAAGAGAUGCAGAAACAGAAUUGGACUGUCAGCAAAAUGUUCCAUGCUGCUAACAAUUUUUUCACUUCUCUUGGAUGGAGGUCGAUGCCAAACGCAUUCUGGGAGAAAUCGAUGUUGGAGAGACCACGUGGCCGACAGGUAGAAUGCCAUGGAUCUGCCUCGGACUUUUACAAGAACAGGGAAGUCAGGAUUAAGAUGUGCACUGAGAUUACGAUGGAGGACCUCUACACAGCCCACCAUGAGAUGGGCCAUUGUCAAUACUUCCUUCAUUACCGACACCAGCAGUACGAGUUCAGGGAAGGUGCUAAUCCAGGAUUUCAUGAGGCUGUAGGAGACACCAUUGCCCUGUCAGUGGAUACUCCUAGCUACCUUCAUCAGCUAGGUCUUCUAGCAGACGACAAGGUGGACGAGGAAUUGCAGAUCAACUAUCUUAUGAGAGUGGCUCUAGACAAGAUAUCCUUUCUACCUUUUGGUCUCCUGAUUGACAAAUGGCGUUGGAAGGUGUUUAGCGGUGAGAUCCAGCCUGAAGAUUACAAUACGGCAUGGUGGAACAUGAGACGACAUUACCAAGGGAUAGAGAGCCCCAUAGAACGCACACCAACUGAUUUCGACCCCGGAGCGAAAUACCAUAUAGCAUCAGGAACACCGUAUAUAAGGUAUUUCGUGAGCUUCAUCAUCCAGUUCCAGUUCCAAAAGAAACUUUGUGAGGAAUCCCAAAGUACUGAGCCCCUACAUCUAUGCAACAUCUACAACUCAAAGGAAGCCGGUCAGAAAUUCGGAUCAAUGCUAGAGAUGGGCGCCAGUAAACCUUGGCAGGAUGCUAUGGAGGCUUUGACAGGACAGAGACGUAUGGAUGCUAGCGCCAUCAUUGAAUACUUCCAACCACUCGUCAAAUGGCUUACAGAGGAAAACGAGAAGAAUAAUGAAAAGAUUGGGUGGGAUUAUUGCCCGCUAUCGGUGUCAUUCCAUGUCGACACAAUAAUUCACUUGGUUGAAGAAGAGCUCAUCAUGAUGGAGUUCACCACGAAAAUCGUCUUCUUCGGCUUGAUUGCUAUGUUUUCGACGUCCAUUACGAUGUCGAUGACGAUGGAUGAGUCUGAGAAUGACCAGGAAUCUGAAGGUAGUAACUACAACGAGACGCAAUUUGAAAUCUUCCUGGAGGAGAUGAACCAAAGAGCGAUGGUAGAGUAUCAAAACUCUAUAGAGAAGUCUUGGAACUACAAUUCGAACAUCACAGAAUAUAACAAACAGCAGAUGAUUGACAAUAGUCUCCGCUUAGCCAACUUUUCGAAGGAGAUGAGAGACCUUGCCCUUGUUUUUAACGCUACUGACUUCACGGAUACCAACCAACGGCACUUCAGAAAGGCUGUCUUCAUUGGAAAUGCCGCUCUCAAAAACAAAUCUGAGAUUCAAGAAGGGGCAACGUUGGUUGCGAGAAUGAAAGGACGAUUCUCCACCGGCCAGGCGUGUAAAGAGGACGGGACGUGUUACAACCUACAGCCAGGUUUGACAAGAAUCAUGGGAUAUUCUAGAAACUACAGCGAGCUUUUUUGGGCUUGGGAUGCCUGGCGUGAUGCAGUUGGACCCGCAAACCGCCAGGAUUUUGCUCGUUACGUCGUGCUGAAGAACAAAGUAGCUGUUGCAAACGAGGAACCGAAUGCUGCUGCCUACUGGCAAUCAUCAUACGAAGAUGAGGACUUCCCCAGAGUAGCCGAGGAGCUCUACCAGCAGAUAAAGCCACUCUUUGAACAACUCCAUGCCUAUGUGAGGAGGAAGUUAUAUCAAGUCUAUGGACCAAAGUACAUCAAUCUUAAAGGACCUAUCCCAGCACACUUAGUAGGAAACAUGUGGGCACAGACUUGGGCCGGAUUGUUCGAUUUAUGUGAGCCUUUCCCGAAUAAGACACGAGUCGAUGUUACUCAGAGUAUGGUUGAACAGAACUACACCGUCAUUAAGAUGUUUGAAUUAGCGGAUGAGUUUUUCACCUCUCUGGGCUUAAUUCCCGUACCAACAUCGCUCUGGAACGAAUCCAUGUUCGAACGUCCUACAGACGGCAGGAAGGUUAACUGCCAUGCCUCUGCCUGGGACUUCUACAACCAAGUCGACUUCAGAAUCAAGAUGUGUACGGAAAUAACAAUGGGCCACCUGCUCACCAUACAUCACGAAUUAGGACACAUCCAGUACUACAUGCAAUAUAAAGAACAGCACGUUCAGUUCCGUAGUGGAGCUAACCCGGCCUUUCACGAGGCCGUGGGCGAUGUCAUGUCCCUUUCGGUCUCCACACCCAGACAUCUCCAUACCAUCGGUCUCCUGGACGAACUCGAAGAGGACGACGAAGCUGAUCUGAAUCAUUUGAUGAAGGUUGCUCUGACCAAAAUAGCCUUCUUACCCUUUGGAUACCUGAUGGAUCAGUGGAGAUGGAGUGUCUUCGAGGGGACCACACCUUCUUCCAAAUACAACGAAGACUGGUGGAAACUAAGGUUGAAGUAUCAGGGCCUUAUUCCACCCAAUAAGCGAACUGAAGAUGAUUUUGAUCCCGCUGCUAAGUACCACAUAUCAGCUGGGGUUCCUUACAUCAGGUACUUCAUCAGUUUCCUUCUCCAGUUCCAGUUUCACGAUGCUUUGUGCAAAGCGGCGGGUCAUGAUGGUCCGCUACACCGAUGUGAUAUAUACAGAUCUAGAGAAGCAGGGACACUGCUCUCAAACAUGUUAAGUAAAGGUUCAAGCCAGCCAUGGGAUGAGGCACUAGAAGCAGUCACAGGAACCAAGGAGAUUAACGCGACAGCAUUGAUGACUUACUUUCAACCUUUGAUUGAAUACCUGAGUCAGGAGAAUCUAAAGAAUGGCGAAACCCUAGGCUGGCCGGAGAUGUACACUCCUCUCGACCCUUCUGUUGGAGUUGGAACCAUGUUCUCACCUACAUUCAUACUAGUACUUUUACCAGCAGCUCUAUGGAUACUACUUCACUACUGAUACUGUAACUGGAUUUCUUUCUAAUGUCUCGUUGGUUGUCGAUAAUUUCAUACAGAUUGCGUUUAUGUGUUGCAAUAGACACAAAAAACCUCACAAUAGCCUAUAAGAUGGUUGUUGUUGGUAGUAGUUUAAUGGCGUUCAUUCAGUAUUGAUUAUAAACGCCAUAUCUUCAGUUUUAUAAGAAAAUCAGUUAUACAUAAGAAAACUGAGAAUAUUAAGAUGUGUAAUGAUAUAAUAGUAACGCAAUUUAUUAGGAGUCUCUGGAUGGUUUGCAACUUCGUGUUUCUGUUUUUUUAUAAGUUUAAUCUGGUCAGCCC